GUUUGCCCUGGGGGAAAAGACUUUUCAGUUAAGAAGAUGGAGAAGCAGAGGGGAGUGCUCUUGGGAUGCGUCCGCUGGGAUGAAGAAGAGGAAGGGGAUGAGGAGGAUGGGCUGGCUCCUUGCGCUUCUCCUUCCAGCCAAAUGAGCCAACUGGAAGAUGUGCAGGUGGAGAUGCUCGAGAAGGCAAGGGAGCUCUUCCAGCUGUGUGACAAGGACGAGAAGGGUUUUAUCACCAAGGUGGACAUGCAGCGGCUCCAGAGCGAACUGCCCCUAACCCUCGAGCAGCUGGAGACUGUUUUCGACAGCUUGGAGCAGAACAACAACGGGUACCUGACGCCGGUGGAGUUCAGCAUGGGACUGGAGAAGUUAAUAGGGAUUGAAUUGUGUCAAGGGGCUGGGAGAAUGGAUCACUCCAGGCACGAGGAGACCUUUGAGUCAGGUUGGUCAGAUGAUUUGGAUCCGGCAGAUGAUGAUGAAGAGAAACGAUUCUGUUCCAUGAUGGAGCAGCUCGGAGCAGCCCAGAUGUUUGAAGAUCCGCGGGAGAUUCGAGAGUUCUGGGCUCGGCUCCGAAAGGAGCGUCCGGAGCUGUUAUCCAAUUUUGAAGAGUUUCUGUUGCGUGUUUCGUCCUACAUGAGGGAGGUGAAUCACGAGAAGGAGUCCAUGGAACAGGCGCUGAAGCGGAAGGAGACAGACCACGACCGAGAGGUCAGGUGCCUUUAUGAAGAAAUGGAACAACAGAUCAAAGCAGAAAGGGAGAGGCUGAUCUGCCAGGAAGCGCUGAGGCAUGACAGGAGUAACCUGCUCCAGAGGGAGCUGCGCAGCAAAGAGCAGGAGCUGGAGAAGAUCCUCUACCGCCAGAAGAAGCUGGAACAUCAGCUGCAGGCGCUGAACUCGGAGCAGCUGGAGACGCGGGUGCAGAACGAAAGGCUCCGGCACCUGAAUGAAAACUUGCUGGAAGAGCUGGAGAAAAGCAAAUGGGAGCUGGAGGCAGUGAAGGGGCAAUUACAGAAGCUGCAGAAAGAAGCUCAGCUUGAGCAGGAGCAGAAGGACAGGGAUGUGUUCAGAGUCUCGAAGAACAUGCAGAAAGAGAAGCAAAGCCUCCUCCGGCAGCUGGAGCUCCUCAGAGAGAUGAACAAGAAACUUCGAGACGAGCGAGAUGCCUUCGAAGCCAAGAAGCUGGCGCCUCAGAGCAAAAAGCCCCUGCUGAAGAAAGGGUCAGUGCUAGGCAGUCACCUGCUGGACGACAAGCCGGUCAAACGACAACUGGCCUUGGCGGACCUUGCCUUCGCCUUCCCGGUGGAUGUGGCGGCAGACGAACCCAACCGAAAGACCUGUAAAUACUUCCUGGCAAACGAGACGUGGCUGAAGGCAGGAGAAGGCGGUGGCACGAACCUUGGAGAGACGAGCGGGGACAAGGAGAGGUGGUCAUCGGCAGCAGGGGCCGAGUGCCUGAAGAUGACGGAGUGCCUUAAGAUGACGUUGAAGGGCGACGCCGGCUGUAGACAAAAUGCAGAUGGAUUAGCCGGUGCUCGGUUGCCUCCUAGAGGACAGCCCGUUGGCACCGAAACCAGGCUCCAGGCACUGGAACCAGCCAGCUGCUCCCCAGAUCGCAUCUUUAAAGUGGUCUUUGUAGGGAACUCUGGCGUCGGGAAGAGUUCCUUCAUCCACCGCUUCUGCUACGACAGGUUCUUGGCUGAGCUCAACGCAACCAUCGGUAUUGAUUACCAGGUGAAGACUCUGAUGGUGGAUAACACCCAGGUUGCUUUACAGCUGUGGGACACAGCUGGACAAGAAAGGUUUCGGAGCAUCACCAAGCAGUAUUUCCGGAAGGCUGACGGGAUCCUGGUGAUGUACGACAUCACGGCCGAGUGCUCCUUCACAGCGGUGCGCAACUGGAUGAGCAGUGUCCAG